AUGACUUCCUGCCUUCCAGCCCUCAGAUUCAUCGCUACCCCGAGGCUAAGCGCCAUGCCUCAUAUUGACAACGAUGUGAAACUGGACUUCAAGGAUGUCCUUUUGAGGCCCAAACGCAGUACCCUUAAGUCUCGAAGUGAGGUGGAUCUCACAAGAUCCUUUUCAUUUCGGAACUCAAAGCAGACAUACACUGGGGUUCCCAUCAUUGCUGCCAAUAUGGAUACUGUGGGCACCUUUGAGAUGGCCAAGGUCCUCUGUAAGUUCUCUCUCUUCACUGCUGUCCAUAAGCACUAUAGCCUCGAUCAGUGGCAAGAGUUUGCUGGCCAGAAUCCUGACUGUCUUGAGCAUCUGGCUGCCAGCUCAGGCACAGGCUCUUCUGACUUUGAGCAGCUGGAACAGAUCCUGGAAGCUAUUCCCCAGGUGAAGUAUAUAUGCCUGGAUGUGGCAAAUGGCUACUCUGAACACUUUGUUGAAUUUGUAAAAGAUGUACGGAAGCGCUUCCCCCAGCACACCAUCAUGGCAGGGAAUGUGGUAACAGGAGAGAUGGUAGAAGAGCUCAUCCUUUCUGGGGCUGACAUCAUCAAAGUGGGAAUUGGGCCAGGCUCUGUGUGUACUACUCGGAAGAAAACUGGAGUAGGGUAUCCACAGCUCAGUGCAGUGAUGGAGUGUGCAGAUGCUGCUCAUGGCCUCAAAGGCCACAUCAUUUCAGAUGGAGGUUGCAGCUGUCCUGGGGAUGUGGCCAAGGCUUUUGGGGCAGGAGCUGACUUCGUGAUGCUGGGUGGCAUGCUGGCUGGGCACAGUGAGUCAGGUGGUGAGCUCAUCGAGAGGGACGGCAAGAAGUACAAGCUCUUCUAUGGAAUGAGUUCUGAAAUGGCCAUGAAGAAGUAUGCCGGGGGCGUGGCUGAGUACAGGUAUGUGUGCCGGCCCAGGAGCUUAGUAAUAAUAUGGAGGCAGAACUCAUGGCUGCCGAGAGGGGGAUGGUACAGUUCUCAGAGAAGCAUGGUGAACUGGGGCUCAAUGCUAGGGUCUGGGGAAGAGUCCCUGGGCUUAAGGAAUCCAGAAGGAGAAGAUAAUAAAGUUUUUCCUACUUUAAGAGCUUCAGAGGGAAAGACAGUGGAAGUUCCUUUUAAAGGAGAUGUGGAACAUACCAUCCGAGACAUCCUAGGAGGGAUCCGCUCUACGUGUACCUAUGUGGGAGCAGCUAAGCUCAAAGAAUUGAGCAGGAGAACUACCUUCAUCCGAGUCACCCAGCAGGUGAAUCCAAUCUUCAGUGAGGCGUGCUAGACCUGAGCAGUUCUACCCUCCCAAGGCACCAGUACUCUACCAUGGGGCAUCCCAAGUGGGGUCCUCCCCCAUCCCAGCUACUGCAGCUCUGUAUUACUUUGUCAUUUCCUGUUGUCUCACUCCUGAGGACUCCUGCAGUAACUCUGUACUUCUCUAUCUGCACACACAAAAUGCCCAAGGCACUCACUGGAGAGGAAGCAAGGAAGCAAACAGUCUGAGAAAAUGAUGCAAGAAAAUCAAAUGGGAAUCUGGAGACCCAACAUCCUGAAGAUUAUUAAAAGGGAAAGAUGCUGAUUGGUACAUAAAUCUUUUCCAUGGCCUUGGUCUAGAGGAGGCAGGCUUUUAGAAUCAUGUUUUGUUAAUCCCCUUCACUAAAUGGGACCUUCACAUAUCUAAAAAGCUCUGAAGUGUUUGUAUAUUUGAAAUACCUCAAUAAAGAGAAAGCUCAUUGACUGUAAA